ACACCCAGACAUCAAUCGGAAAAAUGACGUCGCGAGUCGUCACCAUCUUUUGAGGAUAAUCGCAUUUUAUUUUUUGUUUAGCAAAAGACGGUGGCGACGAAGCACUCCCAUAAUAAGCGUUUUGUUGACGAUAUCGUUGUGUUGUUGUGUUUUCUUGGACAAUAAUAUACACAGAAAUGGGUGACGAAAUGGAUCCUUGCGAGUGCAUCUGGAACCACGAGUUGGCUAUGCGGCGACUGAUCUCUCUGCUUCGACAAGGGCAAUCCUACUGCACGGAUACAGAAUGCCUGGACGAGAUGAGCGGCUUGCCGGCGCCCGAGUCGGCCGGCAACAGCUUCCUGGUGAUGUUCGCGAUGAUGGCGCUCGCCGUCGCCAUGUACAUGCUGCGCCCCAGGCGCCGCCAGCUGCCCGAAGCCAACAAACCUCCGCGCAACUCACAGGAUCACGACGGAGCUCCGCCAACGCCGCCAAGAAUUUAAUCGUGGACGCGGACAUCGACCUCUUUCAUAUAAAAUAUGAACCUAAAAGGUUUACCACAUAAAAGUCCUAUCUGCCAAUUGUUUUAUAUGAAACGGGUCCGAAAUAACCGUCAACCAUACCGCGAUCAUAGUAAAGGGCGAAGGUCCGAGCGUUUUGACUGUCUUUUAUUUCCUCAUCGUCAAAAUAUUGGCGAAACUUAGCGUUAGGGAAUCUUAAUAUGGCUCUUAUAAAAAGUGGGUAACACCAAACAUUAAUUAUAUGACCAAUAAUGAAGCAGCAAAAUCGCCGAAUAUUGUCCCUAACUGAUCCGCAAUGUAUAAAAUAUAUAUUCAUAUAAGACCUCGAUAUGAAAGGUCGAUAAUGUCGAUAUUCCCUUUAAAAAUAAAUAGAUCUAAUUUUCUUAAUUAAAUGUUUAACCGGCCUGACUAAAUGUUUAUUACAUUCAACAGUUUCAUUCCAUUAUAGAUUGUAUUUACGUUAGACUUCAUGAUUUCCUGACAUUUUUAGUUUAACCUAGCAAAAUCUCGAAUAUUGUAAUCUGUCUCUAUGUAAAAGAAUAAGCUCAUUUGUGAUGAGUUCUAAUAAUAAAUUUGGCAGUUGUUUUAUGUCGAUCUUAUAAACUAAAAUUACUAAAACAUUAAAAAAGUGUAGUGGCCUUAAUUUGAAAGGCAAAGUUACGUCAAGUUAUUUACCGUUAACAACGGAGUUGUGAUAUAAUGUCUCAAAACAAAUGCGAAGUUGUGAAUACGAGGAAUUUCAGGGAAUCUUGCCAAUUUUGGGUGCUCCAUUCUUAAAACCGGAUCCCUAUCGAUUUGACCUUAUCGCUAAAAGAUAUUAUAGCUCAAAUGUCUGGAUUGUGUUAUGUCUUUGUGACUACAUAGACAUGAAUGUUAAAUGCCUCUUUAGCAAAACGUCUGGAUCUUAGAACGUUACAAUUUAGAAUGACGUAGCAGCAAAGCGUCAUUAUCUCCGAUUGUCUUUAAUACUUAAGACAUAAACGCUAAAUAGUCUGUAUUGUGUAAUGUCUUUUUCACUAAAUGGAAUAAACGCCAAACGACUCGUUAGCAAAACGUCUUGAUUUUGAUAUGACACUUGAAAUUAAUACCUUCCCGCGCAUACUUUGUAUUGUAAACACAUUGACACAUUACAUUUCCAGACGUUUAGCUAUUAACUCGUUCUGUGUUCACGUCAACCAAAUAAUUUUACUUCCGGCUUAUUAGGUAUUCUAAUCAUACGGACUAUUUAUAUUUCCAGACGUUUAGCUACUUAGUCAUUCUAAUUCUUAGCCAUCCAGCUAAAUUGACUCUUUGCUGACUGAGUAUUCUACUUUCAUGUCGUCGCAGCUGAAUUGACUAUAUGCUGACUGUGUAUUUAAAUUUUAUGUCAUCUAGCUGAAAUGGUCGUUUAACGAUAGGGUAUAUUUGAUAGGUACCCUUAAAACCACCAGAAGUGUUGAAAUACCUUGUCAAGUUGUCAAUAAACAGCUAAAUUGUCUUGUAAGUCUGAAAUGACUUGCAAUUUUAAACUCUAAAGUAAUACAUGAAGGUGUAUUUUUACAUGCACUCGUCAUGUUUAAAAGGUUUCCGUCUCCUUGCAAUGAUAAGUGCAAUUUGUAUGUAUGAAAAAAAUUGGUAAAUGCUGAAAUCGCUACGAGAAUCAGCACCUUUCUUAUUACAAUGAAAACAUGAAGCGCGCGCAUGGGCGUGCUCGACGUUGUAUAUUUUAUUUAGGUCAGACUUUUAUGUAGAAUAUAAGACGAAAAUUACCUAUAUUAUAUGUUUAAAAAGUUUUAAGUAACCAUAUCUGUAUUCAGAUAAUAUUUAAUCUAUUUUAGUUUCAUUUAUUGCACUAUUUUAUUUUAAAUUAUGCAAAUAAUGCUUAGUUAUAUUGGGUGGGUUUCGUUUCUUUAUCACUAUUGCUAAUAAUGUCAAGACACCAAUGGAGAUUUUUAUUGAUAUUAUGAAAAAAUAAAUAAAACAACU